UGUAUCUAUCCUUCACGAGAGACUUUUUUUCUCCUACUCGUAAUACAACAUGUUAUCUAGGCCUUUUCUCGGCGCCGCAAUGCUUGCAGCUGUUGCGGCAGCCCUAGACGAGAUCCCGGCGCUCGGAUUGGGUACAUGGCUUUCCGACAGGGACCUUGUCCCCCAUGCCGUCGAAUUCGGUCUGAAGAACGGUUACGAUCAUAUCGAUGCCGCCUGGAUUUACAGGAAUGAGGACAAGACCGGCAAAGGGCUUGCCGCAGCAGAUCUCCCCCGUGAUGACAUCUGGGUAACCAGCAAGCUGUGGAACAGCGCCCACCGCACACCCGAGGCAUGGAAGCAAAUCCAUGAGACCCUUGCACACCUGGGGCUUGACUAUUUAGAUCUUUAUCUCAUCCAUUGGCCGGUUGCAUUCGUCCCCGACACGGACGGGAACAAGCUCGACGAGGAGACGAGCAUUGUGGACACCUGGCGGACGCUGGAGAAUCUCGUCCGCGCGAACCUCACCCGGCACAUCGGCAUCUCCAACUUCGCAAAGAAGGACGUUGAAGCCAUCCUUGAAGUCUGCGACAUCUGCCCCUACGCCCACCAGUUCGAAACGCACCCUUACCUGCAGCAGCAGGACUUUGUCGACUACCACAAGGAGGUCGGCAUCAAGGUCAUUGCGUACUCGCCUCUAGGCAACACGAAUCCAACCUACGAUAGGAGGCACGGCGAUCUUGAGCCGCUUCUCAAGGACUCAUUCUGGACGGAUAUCGCCGAGAAGAAAAACGUGACUCCCGCGCGGGCGGUGUUGGCCUGGGGCAUCCAGCGAGGAACGACCGUCAUCCCCAAGAGCACAUCUGAGAAGCACCUGACAGACAACCUCGGCGCUCUUGACAUCAAGUUUAGCGACAAGGAGAUGAAGGAGAUUGCGAAGCAGGACAAGAAAGCCCGUUUCAGCAACCCGAGCAAGGCGUGGGGUGUGAAGCUGUUUUCUGAUCUGGACGAUCAUGUCGAUGGCCUGAGGGAGGAUGAGCUGUAG